AAAACCUCUGGCAAGAUGAUCAAAUCCUUCAAGCAAACGUUUCUGUCCCUGGAUCUGCAGUCCCCUCGGUGGAGCUCAGCAGAGACGAUGGCAAAGGAUUAUGAACUGCGUCAGUACGAGACAGCAAAGUGGGUCAGCACAGUCAUUAGGGGAGAAACCCAGAAGGAGGCAAUGCGCCAGGGCUUCUGGAAACUCUUCCACUACAUCCAAGGGAAGAAUGAGAAAGAAAUGAAGAUUGAUAUGACUGUGCCAGUGACAUGCCUGAUAAAAUCCGGCUGCACAGACUUCAAGAUCUCUUUCUUUGUGCCAUUUGAACAUCAGGACUCCCCACCACAGCCCACAGACUCAGAUGUGUUUACUGAAGAACGGAAGGCAGCAGCCAUCUUUGUCCGGUCCUUUGGUGGAUUUGCCUCCCCAGAGAAAUAUGCUGAGGAAGCUGAAGUCUUGGCCAGAAUCUUAAGAAACAGAGGCCAACCAUUCCAUGAAGACUUCUUCUAUACUGCAGGCUAUGACAGUCCCUUCAAGCUCUUUAACAGGCACAAUGAAGUGUGGUAUUUUAAAAAGUAAUAUGGUGGGGGGGAAUAUUAAGAGGCUACUAAUCAGCUCUGGAUGAAAACAGACCUUAUUAAUGGCUUUCGCUUUAGUGCAGAAGAGAUUUAAUUUGCACGUGGACACAGGAUCAUGUCUAAUUUGAAUUCAAGUAGAUUGUGCCAGGUGGAGUGGGAGGGAGGUAUGACAAGCCUAUUCCUCUUACUGAAAGGUUCUAGGGAACACUAAUAAUCUGAAAAUAUUCCUGCAGAAUAGUUUGGAUGUCCAGUUUUACUUCUCAUUAGAAGUGCUACAGCAAUAGCUCAAGUGUUAUGGAGAAUGAGUUCAUAGAGCCGACUUUUCCCAUAUUGAUAUCACUCCUGAGACAACAGAAAGAUGGGGGAAAUCAAAUUAAUUUUUCAAAGAAACCUACCAUUAAUGAGUUUUGGGAAGCAGCAAUACCUUAGCAGGCCCUAGUGCCUCAUAAGCAGUAGUAUAUUUUUUUAAAAUAGUACUAUCAAAAUCCCCCACCUCACCGCUUAGCUGUUUUUUCCUCAUGGAGGCUGGAUGCUGUUUUGCUCCAGACUAACGCCAGUGACGAGAUCAGACUAAGAGUCCAGUGGAAAAGGGUUAACAGUGUCCAAGCCGUACGCUUAUUCUGUGCACAUCAUCUGCGCCUGAACAUGUAAUACCAGACUUACUGGUGGCCUGUAAUUUUAGGAGCAAAUACACAAGUAGUAGUGUUUAGCUCUCACCUACAAAACACUAAUUACUACAAUUAUUUAGCUUCGUCCAAAUCUUGGUAUUGGUCAGGUCAACUGCAGUCUGCACACUAGCAAUAUCUGACACCUAAGUUAAGACAUCUGCAGGACUAGCAUUUAAACUAGUUUAAUCCCUGCUCUAAAUCAAGCAUUUGAAGCUUUUAUAAAGUAGCCUAGAGCUGUUUUACAGCAAGUUGUUCCAAGUCAGAAAGCAGUUCACAACAACAGGUAGAAUCUACACAUUUUUAUUGGUUCCAAUCAGUAUCAGGCAAACAUUACCAGUGUGGUAAAAAAAAAUCUUGGCUUUUUUAAUGCUGUUCAUGCAAGUGUAACCCAUUACUCUGCAAUGUUCCACCUAUUAAGACAGACAUAAGAACCAUUAUAAGGCACCAAACCAGCACAAGAAGUUUGCUGGGAACAACUCAGACCUUAGAUUUUCAUCUCUGUUCAGAGAGAGAGUUCAGGCUAAGGUUAUCAUCAUUUGUUCCAGCAAAUAAAUUUCAUUACUACAGGUACACUCACCUUCUCAGUUCUUCAUACAGUAGUUUCAAAAUUGCCUCCUCACCUAGAGGAAGAAAACACAAUUAACAUAGGCAGUAGAACAACUGCUAAACGCUCCACAGCAGCUUUGUAACCUCAGAGAAAAGUGGAACGGAAAUUGUAAUAUCACAGUAAUUCAUUUGGCAGAAUCAAAUUUCAUCAGUGGCUACAAAUAUUCCCAGGAGUUUAACAGAAUUCAUUUGCUGUGUGGUCUUACCCAAUGAGGUUGCAGACAGCACAGUCCUUUCCUGAGAAAAAGAGAAGUUGUUUCAGAAAAACAGACAUGACCAUAUGCAAGUUUAAUUAUUUAUCUAUGAAAUUCUAUUCACCAAACUAAUUUUACCUACAAGGAGGCUGCAUUUCAGCUGGCAACUGACAAGUUCAACUUACAACACCCAAAUAGGAUAUACAAAGCUUGCAAAUCCUAACUGAAUUGGCAAUACAGAAUUACUAACAUUGGAAGAGUCGGUGAAAAGUACAAAGCUACUACUGGCUUUGUGAUACUGUCUCUCCCCAACAGAAAGUUGUAUUCAAUGAGUUUUGAUAUCUAAAAUACAAGUCCCAUAGAAGUCAUCUUGAAAAUCUAUCCUUAAAAGUAAGAAUCAGUCUGUUGUAAGAAACAAGUUUGUACAGCAAUCAUCUAGAACUUGAUCCUAAAUUUGUGGACAGCCAACAUAACCAAGAUUAGCAAAAAUUACUGAGUAGUGACAACCACAGCAUAUAGGGUUGGUGUUUUGGUUUUUUUUUCUUUUUAAUAGCCAGGUACAUCAGAUAUGAGUUGCGAUAGGAGUUAUGUUUGCUGCUGGGCAUUCUGCUGUACUACGUUAUCAACGCUGUAUUGGCUAAGUGGUCUCCACUGAUUCAGCUCCUUCACUGUUUCCACUGUGUGAAGACAUCCAGCAAUAAAAGCCCAGUUUUUAAAGUCA